AUGCGGGGCGUGGUAACUCGCUUGCUUUGGCUUCGCUUUUCGCAGACCCUCCUUUCCACGGAGUUGGGCGGUGCACACUCUCUCGUAGCACAGCGCACGGGACUUCUUUGUACCACAACCCCGCACACGUUGGAGACAUCCUUCAAAAAGACAUUCGUCGUCCUCCUCCUCCUCGCUGAUCCCCACCUCGUUCGCAUCCUCUGCCUACUUAUCUGCACCAUGAGUCUCUCCAUCAACAACCUCCCCGAGCGACUCGGCGGCUACUACACGCAGAUCACCUCCACGCGCGCUGGAUCCGCCGCCCUCGCCCUGUUCGCCUUCUACGUCGCUCGCAAGUUCCUCCGACGUCGUCGUGCCAUCUCUGCUCGACGAGCCUGGUCCAACCCAUCGCGCGAAGUCGCCGUCAUCACCGGUGGCUCUGGAGGUAUCGGCAUCGAGGUGGUCACGCGUCUCGCUGCUCGUGGUGUCAAGGUUGCCAUCCUCGAUCUUGUCCCUCCCAAAAAUGGCGUCCUGUCUUCCACCGUGAAAUUCUACAAGACGGAUCUCACCGAUUUCCACUCGAUCUCUUCCGCGGCUAAACAGGUUGAGGCUGACCUCGGACCUGUGACCAUCCUCGUCAACAAUGCCGGUGUUGCCAAUGACGGUCCCAGCAUUUUGGAGUUUGAACCGAAAAAGACAAAGUUGACCAUCGAAGUCAACCUGCUCUCGCACUUUUACACGCUCAAGGUGUUCCUUCCGCACAUGAUCAGGCACAACCACGGUCACGUCAUGUCCACCGCCAGCGCCGGGAGCUUCAUCAUGCCAGCGGGAGGUGCCGACUACGGCGCUACCAAAGCCGCACUCGUAUCGCUCCACGAGACGCUCCAGCUCGAACUCGAACUGCUCUACCAGAACAGAACGGGUGUGCUCUGCAGCAUCGUACACCCGUACUGGAUCGCAACCCCCAUGACGGAACAGAUCUUUGUAGAGAAGUUCCACAAGAAGAUGAUCAAACCCGAGGUGGUGGGUGCCAAGAUGGUGGAGAAGCUGUUGAGCGGACAGGGAGGUAGUUUGUAUGUGCCCGGGUGGAUUGGCAAUCUGGCGUGGAUCAGGGUCUUGCCGUUCUGGUUGCAGCAUAGGAUUAGGAGGCAGGGUACGAUCGAUCUCGCCAAGAGCAAGAAGGAGGAUAGGCCUAACCCUCCUAUGCCGUAG